CACUAAACAGAUUUGAAUUCGUUCAGUUUAGGACGGUAGGUGGUGUCGUCAGUGUUGUAUUGGUAAGGAUGCGGUUUUAUGAUCAGUUGUACAGUUCGUCUACGACACGACUCGCACGAGUGCUCUCAAAAUUUCAAGAAGCUCACAAAAUUUCUAUUGUAGCCUAGUAUUUGCUUAGUGAGAAGGAUUAUAACAAUUUAGUUAGCCUACGUAAUCCUAUUGUCCAGGACUCCAGGCGUCAACAAAAAUUCAAAAUGGAAUGUAACAGGUCUCGGUACAAGCAAGUGGGCUCAAAGUUUAGAAGUAGCGAAGAUUCAAGAGCCAUCCGGGCAAUUUCUAGAGAAGAUGGUCGACGAGCUUUGAGAAGCAAUGUUGUUCAAAUCCAUCGCAACAUACCUGAGAACCUCAGUCCUGAGUCUUCUCCUUCAACCUCUGCUAUCCAAAGUGCCAAAAAGUCUUCAGCAUAUUCUGCUCUUGCUAAAGCCCGGGCUGCCAUCAGCAGAAUGACUGAAAACAAUUCAUCAGAUGACAAACCAAGGGCUUCUCCUCGAGAUCAGGCACUGAAAAAAGCCCAAGAUGGUUCAGCUAGACUUAAUCAAGCCUCUGUAGCAUCUUCUUCCAAGCCCCCAGUGAAAAAGACUUCCAAGCUUAUUGGAGGCAAAACCUUGGAAGCGCUACAAAAGGAGCGUUUAGAAAUGCUCCGAUUGUACAAACAGCGAAAGCAAAGAGCUCUUGAAAAGCAGAAGAUCAACAAAAAACCUCAUUUUUGGUUGGGCGUUGCUAAAGCUGAAUCCCAUGUUCUACUGUGGCCAUCUGCAUCUUCUGAAAAAAGGCUGCCUGCCAAAGUGGAGACACCCAGCAAGGCUCCAAAACCCAUCUGGCACUCAGGCUUCUCUUCUAUGUCAAAAAAGAAUUUGGUUUCAAGAGGAGCUGCUACUUCAUCAAUGAAAGUUGCUUCCACUAGGAAAGUUGCUUCUCCAAUGAAUGUUGCUGCCAAGGAAGCUCUUAGAAGCCACAGGCAGCUGUUCACCCGUUCAUCCAAUGAUGCUGCUAUGGCUGGGACUAGCAGCCAAGGAUCAUUUACCAGAAUUUCAAGCAAGAAUAUCAGCAGAGGCUCAGGCAAAACUGGAAUAAAACCUGGCUACUCAUUUGCCCCUGAAGGUUACAAGUUUUCUGCACCUUCAGGGCUGGAGAAUCUACCUCGUGCAAAAAGACCAAGCAUUCGAUUUUCAGCAACUCCACCCUCUGUGACUCCUCCAUCCACCGGCACUCGGCGCAUGCCGCGCUCCAAGACUCCUAAGCCCAGCAACUGUGAAGUUCCUCUUGAGGACGAUUUGGUGGCCGAAGCUACUGUGUUGCCAAAUACACAUUCUUCUUCCAACUCACCUGCCAAUCCAGGUGAUCAGAAAACAGGAAAAAAGCGAUCUUUUGAACUCGGUGUGAAGAAACAUACUCAGUCAAAUGAGGUUCCAAGUGAAGAAGAGAAUCAGCCAAGUUCUAAGAAGUGCCGUUCCGCCAAUAGACCUUCAACGUCAUCAAAUAACCUGGAGAGUGAGGCAAAUACGCAUGCUCAGAGUGAACUCCGGAAAAGAACUUCCACAUCAUCAUUAUCUGGGAACAAGAAUGAUACUGAAAUGCAGAAUUCAAAUGAGUCAGUUCAUCUCCAGUUAAGCGAUGGCCCUGAUGUUGGAAUAAAUAAAGUCAGCUCUGAUAUGAACAAUCGAAAUUCUUUCUCUUCUGAUGUGGGUUCAGGAGACGGUGCAGUGACUCCUCCUAACACAGCAGCUUCAUAUGCCGUCCGUGAUCAAAGCUAUUAUAGGUCAAGGGAACGAAGUGUUUCAAAAGUUUCAAAGUCAAGCUCUGUAAAGAAGUCAAAUUUGAUUUCAAGAUUAAAUUUUUCAGCAGUUGCUGAUGAAGUUGGCAAUAAUGAAAUUAUAUCACCGAUGGCACUCAUUAAUUCUAGUGUUGGUUCGGUGGUUGAAAUACAACUUGAUAACAGCACAAAUCAAGAGGAUCCUACAAAUAUCUCUAACAAUCCCUUGAAACUCCUGCCAUCUCCCUCUAACAGAAGUUGGUCUUCAUCCCCAGUGACACGAUUUUCUGUUGCUGUCACUGAAGAUUCGUCCCCUAAACCUGCCAAAAAACAUCUUAUACCUAAUUCAGUACAUUCAAGAGCGGAUAAGAAUUCCUUGGAGAGCAGGUCUAGCGAGAAAAGUAAACCUUCCUGUAGUAAAAUAGAGAAUGAAAAUUCACGAGAAUGGGAAGAAUCCCAAUGGAGGGUCAAUGAGUUUGAUGAGAUAGGCUGUUCCCCCGUACUUCAACUUAAUUCCCGAAAAAAGAAUACUGAGGAGCUACGGUCAUCUAGCAAUGAAAAUGACAGUGCCACUGUUUGCUGUGCUCCUUCAACUCCUGCGCCCUCAACAAGCUGUAAGGUGCCAAAUUCAGGCAUACGUCGCUCGACUCGCUUUGCUUCUACUACAUUGCCAGCAGAGGAUGAUGAAGUGUCAAGAACUCCAAGCGGGGCAGCGCAGCGCCUCACUGCCGUGACGCCGUGUAGUCGCUCAACACGACGCUCGCUUGCAGUGCACGCUGCUGCCACCUGGCAGGAGAUCUGUGCAGCCAAUCCUCUCUCUACUGCUAGCACCCCCAGCACUCGAGGUCAUCGGAAUACAAUAAAUAAUACAGCAAACUCAAACUUAUUGCCUGAAGUUGUUAAUGCUGAUUGUGAUGCAUCACCACCUACUUCUACUGCCAAGAACGCUGGUAAACGUAGUCGCCGAAAAACCAUUAUUACCAACUGUGCGACUUCGCCGACAGCAGCUGAGAACGUAGAUGAUGACCUAUCACCUCCUGCAUCCACUACUAAGACCCCUGGUAAACGUGGUCGUCAUAAAAUCAUCAAUACUGACUCCACGUCUUCGCCGACAGAAACUGGAGAGGCAAAUGUCGAAUUACUUUCUACUGCUAAGACCCCUGGGAAACGUGGUCGCCGUAAAACGAUUAAUACAAACCCCACGACUUUGCCGCCGGAAGCUGUAAACGUAGAAGAUGACCCAUCACCCCCAGCAUCUACUACCAAGACCCCUGGUAAACGUGGACGCCGUAAAACUAUCAAUACUAACUCUGUGACAUCGAUAGUGGAAACUAAAACCGUAGAUGAUGUUGCAUCACCCCCUGCAUCCUCUACCAAGACCCCUGGCAAACGUGGUCGCCGUAAAACUCUUAAUACCAACUCAGUGACAUCGCCAAUGAAAACUGAAAACGUAGAUGAUGUUGCAUCACCCCCUGCAUCCUCUACCAAGACCCCUGGCAAACGUGGACGCCGUAAAACUCUUAAUACCAACUCAGUGACAUCGCUAAUGAAAACAGAAAACGUAGAUGAUGUUGAAUCACCCCGUGCAUCUUCUUCCAAGACCCCUGGCAAACGUGGACGCCGUAAAACCAUCAAUACCAACUCAGUGACAUCGCCAAUGAAAAUUGAAAACGUAGAUGAUGUUGCAUCACCCCCUGCAUCCUCUACCAAAACCCCUGGUAAACGCGGACGUCGAAAAACCGUGCUUGCCAUGGAGCCAACCUUGGAGUCGGAAGCUGGAGGAGGAUUGACUGAGACUGUAGAUGCUGAGUUCGCUGCGGUUGAUGGCGCAAAUGUUUCAGACUCGACUCUCCACACUCCCAGUUUUGCUGCCUACAGCAUUAUGGCCGAGCUGCUCCGUCCCACUACACCGCUCAGCACUGAUGACUCGGACACUGAUGUGUGGGACUCAAUUCUAUCGAACUCCUCGCCGGCCUUACCAGAUAUUACUGAGCAGAAAGAAAAUGAUGAACAAGAACUAGUGACUGAUGAAGCUGAAAUUGAAGUGAAGGAAAAUCAGGAUCCACAAGAGGAAAACGGUUGCUUAAAGAAGCAUAACAUGAAGCCCAAGAGACGAUCUUCAUUGAGGGAGGGUGUAGUUCUCAGAGCAAUCAAAUCCCGCAGAGACUCUGCACUUAACUCUCGCGUGUCAUUGGGCUUGUUUGCACCGGGCGCGUUGGAAAGCCCGGUCAUGGCAGCUGCUCCUAGUGGCGACCUCAUUUCAUGGGAGUCACCUGCGACUGCCACUUCUAAAGAAGAUGGCGACGUCGACCUCAUGUGCUUGAAUUCUCCUCAAAUUAAAGCUGAUUCAGGCCGGGGCCGCAGCGGUCGCGUCAGCCGCCUGGCAGCGCUGUACGAGCAGCACACUUCGAGCCCUGCCUCUUCUCCCGCCACCUCUAGACGCUCUUUGCGCCAGAUUCAUAUCUCUCCAUAAUAAAUGGUCAAUCCGAACAUAUUCAUCAAGUUCCUACUUGAAUGAUUUAUUUGUACACAUUCUUAUAUACUAACAGAGCUGUAACGGUCUAUAUAUUUUGAUAAACCUCCUCUUGAAUUAAUUGAAGUCUAUUGAUUGAUGUCACUGCUACGUAAUAUUGUAGUCGUGUUGGUUGUUAUGAAAAAUUAGCUCUCCAUGUAGCAUGAUUAAUUACGUUGAUCACAGUCACGGCGAUGACAUAAGUUCUGGAUAUAAUGAGCUUGCUAACGCGUGUUGGCUAGCAAUGCUUUGGGAGGUAUACGCAAAUUUGGCGAUGACGAUUGCCCAAAAAGGAUAAAGUUUUAAAUGUCUCGUAAGCGAUGAUUUUGUUGAAAAGGCUUGUUAAGUUGAGUCUUUGAAUGUCGCCAUUUUUUACUUUGAGUACGGAAGUCAAUGCAUUCAAUAUCAUUUAUUGAGACCUAAACUCUCAUGAUUUUAUUUAGAACGGAAUUGUGAUUUUUCAAGCAUGUUAGGUGCCGCACAUUGUCGGUAUGUUCCUUGCCGUUGCUUCAAUGAAUCAUUUGGUCCUUUCACGGACCACUCCAUAUACCUGCUUCACUUGAGUUAUAGCUCGACUUGAUUGGUGAGAUUUAUUCGGAAGUCACGGCGAGUGGCUCUUAUAUUUCAUAGUAAAUUUUUUAAGUUGUAGUGCAUAUUAUUUUAUGGGAAUAUUUUGUGUUGACAGGCUUAGGUUUCUGAGUACUAGGUUCCUAUUGUAUUAGUCCACUAUUGUUUUUACUUGCUUUUUGCUUAGGAAUUUUUUGAGGAUCCACAUUUAUUAUCGGAAGUUGUUUAUGAAUGGUCUUUGGUCUUUUCAUUUUAUGCAGUAAACCGAUAUGCAAAAUAUUUUUACGAUAGUGAGGCCAAUGUUUUAUUAGUGUGAAGCGGUUUCCUAUGUUUGAUGAAUCGAAAAAUCGAAUAUUUAGGAUCAAGACCAUUGCGAAAUUUAGAGCUAACAAAAUCUUGCUUCAACUGGAAUUUAAUCGCUGGAUGCGUCGAACAGCGAAAUCUUCUUUGCUUUUAAAGUAAACGGCUUUACCCUAAAACUUUUUGAAAAACUAUUGCAAUGGAUGAGAAUAUAGCCUAAUAUUAGGCGUCAUUAGACACCACCAUUUGGGUUUUGUGUAAAAUUUUACCUACGUGUUCGUUCUUUCUGUUUCCUGGCAAUUUUUUUUUUUUGGCUUCAGCAAGCUUAUAAAAUUUCUUGAGACUAAGCCUGAAAGUAUGCCUAACAAGAGUUGAAUGCUAGUUUAAUUUUUGUUUUUGCUUCGCCUUGCUUAGUUCAUUCCGACCAUUCAUUUAUUGUUUGUCAUCACUGCAUUGAUCCAGCAAUUUUUGUAAUAAAAAUUUCGUUUUA